CGGUUCCUGUGCUGUGGCUCUUUUGCGGCUUUGAGUCUCGUGGCGGGCGAUCGUAGUGGUUAGGUUUGACGAGGGCCUGGAAACGCGUCCCCCCCCCCCCCAUGGGUCUCACCAAGCAGUACUUGCGCUAUGCUGGCACUGCCCUCUUUGGAGUGGUUGCCAGCCAGAAAGGAAACAUAGCCUAUGUGACUCUGCGGGGUGAGAAGGGCCGUUACUUGGCAGUGCCAGCAUGUGAACAUGUUUUCAUCUGGGAUACAAGGAAAGGAGAAAAGGUUCUCAUCCUCCAAGGUCUCAAACAGGAAGUCACUGCUCUUUGCCCAUCCCCCAAUGGGCUUCAUUUGGCCGUUGGGUAUGAGGAUGGAUCUAUCCGUGUGUUCAGUCUCCUAAGCGGCGAAGGUAGCAUCACUUUCAAUGGGCAUAAGGCUGCUGUUACAACCUUGAAGUAUGAUGAGCUGGGAGGCAGCCUAGCUUCAGGGUCAAAGGACACAGAUGUCAUCAUUUGGGAUGUGAUUAAUGAGAGCGGUUUGUACCGGCUGAAGGGCCACAAGGAUGCCGUCACGCAGGUUCUGUUUCUGAAGGAGAAGAACAUACUGGUUUCCAGUGCAAAGGACACCCUAGUGAAAUGGUGGGACCUGAAUACGCAGCACUGCUUCAAAACUCUGGUUGGGCACCGAACUGAGGUGUGGGGAUUGGCCUUAGUUGCUGAAGGAAAGCUGCUUCUCACUGGGUCUGCAGACAGUGAACUCAGGGCCUGGAGCAUCAACCAUUUCGAGGAAGGCCUGGACCCUAGGGAGCCGCAGCGCAAGAGAAGUAAAGGGCGUGCAGGAUGCUUGGAAGAAUCUUCUGAGGUUGAUAAGGCAGAAGAUCAGGACGAGGCCCAAGAAGAGCAUAUCUUGAGCUGCAGAAAAGCUGGCUCCAUUAUGCGGGACGGAAGGGACCGAGUUGUUACUCUUGCCACUGACCGGACAGGGAAGAUUCUUGCUUGCCAUGGGACCGACUCUGUCCUGGAAAUGUUCUAUGUUCUUAGUGAGGAAGAGAUCCGUAAGAAAAUAGAAAAGAAAAUGAAGAAAGCAAAGAAAAAGGCCAAACAAAGAGCAAACGAAGAAGAGAAAGAGGAGGAAGAUGCCGAUGUCAGUGCAGAGUGCAGUUUGCAAGAGAAGAUUCUACGCCUCGUGAACAUCAAAGCUUCUGCUAAAAUCAAGUCUUUCGACCUCAUGUUCUGCUCUAAAGGGGAGAUGAAAGUGGCUGUCAUGCUCCAGAACAACAUCAUUGAGUCUUACACAUUGAACUCAGUGGCACAGCCCUCCCAUGUGGCCCGGACAUCCAAGAUAAGCAUCUGGGGUCACCGCAGUGAUGUCAGGACCCUGGCGUUCAGCUCGGACAACAUUGCCAUUCUUUCCGCGGCUGCUGAGUCGGUGAAAAUUUGGAAUAGGUCCACCUUGCAGUGCAUCCGGACCAUGGCCUGUGAGUACGCCCUCUGCUCAUUCUUUGUCCCGGGAGAUCGGCAAGUCAUUGUAGGAACAAAGGCUGGGAAGCUGCAGCUGUUUGACUUGGCUUCAGGGACUUUGUUGGAGACCCUCGAGGCCCAUGAUGGAGCUCUCUGGUCCACCUCACUUUCUCCGGAUCAGCGUGGUUUUGUGACAGGCGGCGCAGAUAAAUGUGUCAAGUUCUGGGAGUUUGAGCUGGUGAAGGAUGAGAACACGAUCCAAAAGAGGCUGUCUGUAAAGCAAACACGUGUCUUGCAACUGGAUGAAGACGUCCUCUGUGUCCGGUACAGCCCCAACCAGAAACUUCUAGCUGUUGCCUUGUUGGAUUGCACUGUGAAGAUAUUCUACACUGACACACUCAAGUUUUUCCUGUCUCUGUAUGGACACAAGUUGCCAGUGUUGUGUAUGGACAUCUCCUAUGAUGGGGCGUUGAUUGCUACUGGCUCAGCUGACCGAAAUGUGAAGAUCUGGGGCUUGGACUUUGGGGACUGUCACAGGUCUCUCUUUGCUCACGACGACAGUGUGAUGUACCUCCAGUUUGUACCCAUGUCCCACCUCUUCUUCACAGCUGGGAAGGACCGCAAGAUUAAACAGUGGGAUGCUGACAAGUUUGAGCACAUCCAGACGCUGGAGGGCCACCACCAAGAAGUCUGGUGCUUGGCACUCAGUCCUAACGGAGACUACAUCGUGUCAUCCUCUCAUGAUAAGUCGUUGCGUCUUUGGGAAAGGACGAAGGAGCCGCUUGUCUUGGAUGAGGAGAGGGAGAUGCAAAGGGAGGCGGAGUAUGAAGAGAGCGUGGCUAAGGAAGACCCGCCGGUGGUUGCUGGUGAAACGCAAGGAGAGGCUGGCUUGGCUGGGAAGAAGACCAUUGAAACUGUCAAGGGAGCGGAGCGAAUCAUGGAAGCCAUUGAGCUGUACCGAGAGGAGACCACGAAGCUGGAGGAGCACAAAGCCAUCUGCAGAGCAGCUGGGAAAGAGGUUCCUCUUCCUGUCAACCCCGUUCUCCUGGCAUACGGCAACAUUUCACCUUCUGCUUAUGUACUAGAAGUUCUCAAGAAGGUGAAGUCCAGUGAACUGGAAGAAUCUCUGCUGGUGCUUCCCUUCUCCUACGUGCCUGACCUUCUCAGGCUCUUCAGUCAGUACCUCCAGCAGGACUCGGAGGUGGAGCUGCUCUGCCGAGCUCUCCUGUUUCUGCUCAGGAUACACUUUGGGCAGAUCACAAGCAACCAGAUGCUACUGAAGGUGAUGGAGAACCUGAAGAAAACCACCAUUGCCAAAGUCAGCCAAGUGAGGGACGCGUUAGGCUUCAACAUGGCCGGGCUCCAGUUCCUGCAGAGAGAAAUUGAGGCCAAAGAUGAAGUGACCUUUUUUGCUGACGCCACUGACCGCUUUGAGGAGAAGAAGCGGAAGAGGAAGAAGAAACAGAAGAUGAUUCUUGCAGUGGUCUAACGGAGGGGACUCUUCCCUUGUGACCCUGUGACUAAGAUGGGAAUGGCUUCUCCAGCAUAACAGUGCCUGGCCCUGCAAGAGCUGCGCUCUUUCCCUUUCCUGCUAGUCGAACCAGCCUGGAUCUCCAGGGACUGCAGGACUGAAUAGAACCGUGCUGAGGUUUUGUUGACAAAAGUUUGGGAGAAGAGGGAGACCACCCUUCCCAGUUGCCCACUGUUUAGCUGCCCAUUCACAGCAGUUUCUGUGCCUGCUUUUUUUUAAAAAAGCGCACUGUUAUGACGUCAUGACAGGCAAUCAGAUUUAAGUGAUUCAGAUUCGUUUUAUUGUAUAUGGCCAUUGGCCUUCAGAUUUAACUGUAUAGCAACAUAGCAAAGCCAGACGGCGACGUGGGUGGCGCUUCCUGAAUGAAGAGACUCUUCCUGCCUUGUGUGUACAGUGCCCCCCCCCUAAUAAAUCACCACCACCUUUUGGCACUUCAGAAGGGGUGUGAGAAUGGACCUGCGGAACCAAAAUUUGCAUCCUCCCACGGAACCUCCUUUCUAAAGUCAUUUAAAUGCUGAGGUGGUGGAAAUAGCUUUA